CCAAUAUCCUGUAACAGCGACUUAUCUCUGUAAUUCUAUUCAAGCGUCACUGCUCGAAGGUCAAUUUUAGUUUCGUGUUCCGAUAAGUCGAGUGUAGGUUUUGAGUUCGUCGAGACGUUGACAUAGAACGAGUGGAGAUCCGUUUCCGGAUGGUUCACGUUUUGUUAAUAAACAAUUAAUUUGUUCUACAGUUGUUAAAUAAAAACGCCAUGAAACCCAGGUUUCAAUCUGUGCCAGCAGCUGAAAGCAUUCCCAUCGUGGUUGCCCGGGACUCGUGCGUAGCCGAUCUCAACGAGAAUAAAGUGGACCUUGUCGUAGGAGCAUACCGAACAGCUGAGGGGGAACCAUGGGUAAUGCCAUUUGUGAAGAAAAUUGAACAGAAAAUGGCCAACGAUCCCAAAUUCAAUCAUGAAUACCUCUGGUUCCUGGGUCAGGAUAAAUUCAAUACAUUGGCUCCAAGACUUGUAUUAGGCGAUCGUAACCCAGCUAUUCUGGAGAGGAGGGCAUUUGGUGUACAGACAUUAAGUGGCACGGGUGCUCUACGAAUGGGUGCAGAAUUCUUAGUACGGCACCUUCACUACAAAACAAUCUAUAUGCCCUCUCCAACAUGGGAUAAUCAUGCCCUGACAUUUCACUACAGUGGGUUCAAAGACUUGCAUCACUAUCGCUACUGGGAUCCAGCCAGAAAGGGCGUGAACUUCGAUGGGAUGCUGGAAGACGUGAGAAAAGCUCCCGAGAACUCUGUGAUACUGUUGCAUAUGGCAGCACACAAUCCGACUGGAUGCGACCUCACUCGGGAACAGUGGACACUUGUGGCUGAUGUUAUGGAAAAAAGAAAUCUGUUUCCCUUCAUUGAUGCGGCGUAUCAGGGUUACGCUACCGGAGACCUAGACAGAGACGCCUGGCCGGUUCGGUACCUAGCAGAUCGAGGGUUCGAACUUUUUGUAUCACAGUCGUUCUCCAAAAACAUGGCUCUUUAUGGUGAGAGGAUAGGCUGUCUUACUGUGGUGCUCGCGAAAGGAAGAUCAGAGGACGCCACAAAUAUAUUGUCACAACUGACGCUGAUUGCCAGGGCCACGUACAUCAGUCCCCCAAAAUACGGGGCGGAAAUUGUAACUGCUGUCCUGAGCGAUCCUGAGCUAAUGGAAGAAUGGAAGAAAUGUCUCAGAGUUAUGGUUGAUCGCGUUCUAUCAAUGAGAAGUGGUCUCAGAGAGAGACUAGAGAAGAUGGAGACCCCAGGAGACUGGGAGUACAUCACAAAUCAGAUAGGAAUGUUCUCGUUCCUAGGAUUAACACCUCGUCAAGUGGAGUACAUAAGGAUAAAGCAUCACGUCCACAUGCUGUCAAAUGGUCGUGCCAACAUGUGCGGUCUCAACGAUAAGAAUAUCGAUAAAGUGGCAGAGGCUAUACAUGACACAGUGACCAAGGUUCACGAUUAAAUGUCUUCGUUCAUUAUUUCAUAUGUACAAAGUAAAACUACAAAUCUUUUUCUAAAUUUUUGGAUAUGCCAUUAACAAUUGUGAAACACACUAUACAAGAGUUUUGUAUAUUUGAAGUUAUUACUGUCAAUCCCAUUUUGAUUUCUUUUGAACAAAUGAUUCUUCGCCUUCCUUGUCGACAGCUGCGUAAUACCCCAUGUUUUCAUACUUUGUUCUCAUGUAAGCGAUGUAACCAACACAAAUUCCCAUCGCGGCUAAACCGAUUGUCAUUAUUACCGCAUUCUGAAACAAACGGAAUAAAUAUUGCAAUAUAUUUGUUAUUAAUAAUUCCUGCGUGCAAAGAAAUGUGCCAUUGAUCUGAUGUUAGACGGACAAAGGACAUAGAAGAUGCUUCCUACAUUUAUUUUAAUAAGAAACAAACAUGUAAAAUAUCACACACAAAACAAACUUGUUUAUAAACAUUAAGAAUGAAAUAAACAUAUUUUAAAACAA